CAAGUUGCAGAGAGAGAAGGAGUGCGUGUUGGUGUGUGUGAGAGACAGAAAGAUUCAAAAAGAAAAAAAUUCCAAGAAAACCCAGUAGCUCGUGCUGAAACCACACUCCGAGGAGAGAGAAACCAGUUAUAGAGAGAGAGAAAGAGAUGUUCUUUAACAUAGCAAAGAACAAAAUCGUUACUAUCCCAAGCAUUUGUCUAGAAUAAGAGGCAAACAAAAGUGAGAUCUUAAGGUAAAACAUUAUAGAGAGAGAAUGAAAGACAUGAGUGUUUCAUCGUUUCUCUUGUUCCUCCCACUCUUGUUCACAUCAUUUUACACACCAACUGUUUGUGGAAAUGCCGAACUGAGAGCUCUAAUGGACAUCAAGGCCAGUCUAGACCCACAUAAUACAUAUUUGGGCUCGUGGACUGUAUUGGGUGACCAAUGUAGCUCUUUCGAGGGUGUUGGGUGCAAUGAGAAGGGUCAAGUAGCUAAUAUUUCCUUACAGGGGAAAGGUCUCUCCGGCAAGCUCUCGCCUGCGUUUUUUGAGCUCAAACACUUGACUGGUCUCUACCUGCAUUACAACUCUUUGUCUGGAGGUUUUCCUAAGGAGAUUUUAAAUUUGACUGAGCUCAGUGAUUUGUAUCUCAAUGUGAAUAAUCUCUCUGGGAGCAUUCCUGCUGAACUUGGAAAAAUGGAGAAUUUACAAGUAUUGCAGCUAUCCUACAACCAAUUUAGUGGAAGCAUACCAACUCAACUCGGAUCAUUGAAGAAGCUUAGUGUUAUUUCUCUGCAAUCUAAUCACCUUAGCGGUGCAUUGCCAGCCAGUUUGGGGGAUUUAGCAUUAUUAACAAGGCUAGAUUUAAGUUUCAAUCGCCUUUUCGGUUCCAUCCCUACAAGAUUGGCUGAUGCCCCUAUGCUCCAAGUGUUAGAUGUGAGAAAUAAUACUCUCUCUGGCAAAGUACCUCUAGAUUUGAAGAGAUUAGCCGGAGGAUUUCAAUAUGGAAACAACCUGGGUCUAUGUGGCGUUGAAUUUGAAACCUUGAGAGCUUGCAGUGCUUUGGAUCAGGUGAAUCCAGAUGGCAUACCGAUGAAAAACAUCCCAGAAACGGCUGAUUUGAAGUUGAAUUGUAGCGACACACGAUGCUCGAAAUCAUCAAAGACCCCCGAAGCUUCUGUUAUUGUUGGAGUGAUUGUAGCCAUUGUAGGAUUAUCGGUCAUAGCUGUCUUAGCAGUUUCCCAUUAUCUUUAUAGAGAACAAAAACUCACCGAUGGGCUGGCCACCGCUGAUGGACGCGCUGACCAAUUGAAGGCAAAGGAGGUAUUGAGGAAAAACGGCUCACCUCUAAUCAACCUCGAGUAUUCCAGUGGGUGGGACCCAUUAGCUGAGGGUCGGCGAUUUGGUGGGGUCUCUCAAGAAAUAAUGCAGAGCUUUAGGUUUAAUUUGGAAGAGAUAGAGUCAGCUACACAGUACUUCGCUCCAGGAAAUUUAUUAGGCAAAAGUGUGUUUUCAGCCAUUCACAAAGGAAUGUUGAGAGAUGGAACCGUUGUUGCUAUAAAGAGCAUUAUAAAAAGUAGCUGCAAAUCUGAGGAAGCCGAAUUUUUGAAGGGACUGAAUAUUUUGACGUCUCUAAGACACGAGAAUCUAGUCAGAUUGAGAGGCUUUUGCUGCUCAAAAGGCCGUGGUGAGUGUUUUCUCAUUUAUGACUUUGUACCUAAUGGAAACCUAUUACGGUAUCUUGACAUGAAGGAUGACGGUCUUGUUCUUGAAUGGUCCACUCGGGCUUCCAUCAUCAAUGGUAUCGCCAAAGGUAUAGAGUAUUUACAUGGGAGCAAGCUGAACAAACCGGCUAUGGUUCAUCAGAAUAUAUCAGUGAAGAAUGUACUUCUAGAUCAGCGAUUCAAGCCAUUACUGUCGGGUUCUGGCCUUCACCAGCUUCUUACAAAAGAUACCGUUUUCUCAGCACUCAAGGCCAGUGCUGCCAUGGGAUAUCUAGCUCCUGAGUACGCCACAACUGGCAGGUUCACACAAAAGAGUGAUAUUUAUGCAUUUGGUGUUCUCGUGUUUCAGAUCAUUUCUGGUAAACGGAAAUUCGCUAAUGCAGCAAGGUUUGCUGCCGAGUCUUGCACAUUCAUUGACUUUAUUGAUCCAAAUCUCCACGGAAGAUUCUGCGAGCAUGAAGCUGCAAAGUUUGCAAAAAUUGCGUUGAUGUGCACCCAUGAAUCUCCUGAUCAGAGGCCAUCUGUCGAAGAAGUUGUACAAGAACUUGGUAAUCCAUUAUGCUAACCUCCUUUUUACUGAUUUUAGCACUUUGUUGCUUCUUGAUUAGAUGGUUUUUAGAAAGUCGGUGUAAGCAAUAGAUAUGGUGCUACUAACUUCUCACUCUUAUGGAACUUUUAGAAUUUUUGUUGUUGUAGUUUGUGGAGUCCCUUAGCUAAAGACUAAGCUUGCUGUGAAUGUUGUAGUAGUUUCUAAUUUAUGAUAGAUUUGAAUUCCCAUGUAAUUUGCUU